AUGACAAAGAGACGACCGAUAGAGGAGCAGGGGGGGGGACAAGCUCCACCCACCCCCAAAUCGCAGCCAUCAGGUCAGUUCACUAGCGUCAGUAAAUGGGGGACGAUGGGAGGAUGUAAAUAUCUCUCUCUCUCUCUCUCUCUCUCUGUCUCUCUGUUCACAUUUCUUUCUCUAUCUCGGAUCAUUCGGAUCCUCUCUCCCUCCCCCGAUCUGUUCACAUCUAUCUCUCUCUUAUAUAUAUAUAUAUUCAGUUCAGAUCUAUCUCUAUCCCGGUCUGUUCGCAGCUAUCUCUCCGUCUCUCUCUGGAUCUCUCCCAGACUGUUCACAUCUCUCUAUCUUGUUCUCUUCAGUACUAUCUAUCCAUUUCAAUCUAAGUUUUUCUUUCUUCUUAUCUGUCUUUUUCCAAUUUUUCUUUCUUUUCUUUCUUUUUUUUCUACUUUUUUUAUUUUUCUUUUUUUCUUUCGACGUUCUUUCUUCCAUUCUUUCUUUAAUUUCUUUCUUUUCUUUCUUUCUUCAAUUCUUUUCUUUCUUUCUUUUCUUUCUUUUUUUCUUCCAUUAUUCUUUCUUUCGUUCAUUACUUUUCUUUCUUCUUCUUACACCAAUUGUCUUUUUCCAAUUUCUUUCUUUCUUGCACCUGCUGUGUGCUUUCUUUCUUUCUUUCUUUCUUUCUUUCUUUACCUAUCUAUAACGAGGGGAGAAGAGUGA